AGUCUUUUCAGAGGAACUGAAGACUUUCGCAAUAAGGAGGGGAUGUCACCGUAUGAUUAUAUAGGCUUGGUUGUUGAGUUGAUGGUCCCCAUUUUCUUCUAUAAGUACGUCUCCGUCGUGCUCGGUCCAUUUCAACACAUGUGCGCCUUGAAACAAAGAAAAGCCUGCCCAAACAACCUACACAACCUGUUAUGGCCUCAUCUCAAAAGCAGUUCUCAAUGCUGUUCCUCGCUUGUGUCCUUCUCAUGCUCAUGCAAGAAAUGCCUUGUCUUGCUUCAUCUCGAUGCUCUUCUCUAGUGGCCCUUCCUGGUGCUAGUAACCCCACGAGAAAUGGGGAAGUGGAGGCACUCCUAACAUGGAAGUCUAAGCUAGACAACCAGAGUCGCUAUACUUUACCUUCGUGGAAUGGAAGCAACCCUUGUUCGUGGCACGGAGUCGGUUGUGAUCCUUUCGGGAGUGUCUCCAGCUUGAACCUUUCGAAUUCUGCCAUACACGGUACACUUCACUAUCUCAAUUUCCCCCAUUUGCCCAACUUGGUCACCCUUAAGCUUGCCAACAACCGGCUCUUCGGGAACAUCCCUCCGAGCAUUGGUGAUCUUUCCAAGCUCACUCUUAUUAACUGUUCUUUAAAUAACCUUUCGGGAAACAUUCCAACUCGACUCUGGUCGUUGCGAUCUUUACGAGUUCUUGAUCUUUGGGGUAAUAGUUUUACCGGUCCAAUUCCUUCUUCCAUUGGAAACAUGACCAGCUUGUGGAAGGUAAUACUUAGCGGUAAUCAACUUGUUGGGCCCAUUCCGAAGGAAAUAGGAAUGUUGGGGUCACUAAGUCAACUUAAUUUAUCAAACAAUUAUCUCAAUGGAUCCAUCCCUACAACUUUAGGAAAUCUAAGUAAUUUGGCAUUUCUUUAUCUCCACAACAACCAACUUUCUGGCCCCAUACCUUCGGAAAUUGGAGGAAUGAGAUCCCUCGCAUGUUCCCAAUUGCAAAUCAAUGAUUUAACAGGUCCUAUUCCAUCAUUCAUAGGGAACUUGAGCAAUUUGAAUAUUCUUGCCCUUUUCAACAAUGAGUUGUCGGGUCUUAUUCCGUCCUCUAUAGGUAACUUGAGCAAUCUAAAUGUUCUUACCCUUUCCAACAAUAAACUUUUCGGUCCUAUCCCAUCAUCAAUAGGGAACUUGAGCAAUUUGAAUGUUCUUCACCUCGACCAAAAUGAGUUAUCAGGCUUUAUUCCGAAAGAGAUUGGAAACUUAAGCAAGCUUACUCGACUUUGUCUAAAUGUGAACAAUCUGGGGGGCUUUGUUCCCAUCGAGAUAAAUAAUCUCAUGUCCCUCACAGUACUAAAGUUAUCUGAUAACGGCUUUGUUGGCAAGUUGCCACAAGAAAUAUGUAGUGGCCAAGCUCUUGUGAAUUUCAGUGCAUCAAACAAUCACUUCACUGGACCCAUCCCAAGAAGCUUGAGAAGUUGUUCAAGUUUGUAUAGAGUUAGGCUCCAAAACAACUCGCUCAAGGGAAAUAUAACCGAUGCUCUUGGCGUGUACCCCAACUUGGAUUACCUUGAGUUGAGCAACAAUGAACUUUACGGUGAGCUACCAUCGACAUUGGGUGAAUGUAGAAAUUUGACGGGCUUGAAAAUCUCCAACAAUAAAAUCUCUGGCACCAUACCACCUCAGCUUGGAAAUAUAAAUCAGCUGCACAUACUCGACCUCUCUUCAAAUGAUAUUGUUGGGGAAAUUCCUAAAGACCUAGGAAAAUUGAAGUUGCUGCUAGAGCUUUCGUUAGACCGCAAUCAUCUUGAAGGCAACAUCCCUCAAGAACUUGGAGCAUUGUCCUGUCUGCAAGAACUCAACGUUGCAGGCAACAACUUGAGUGGUUCAAUUCCUACACAACUUGAGGAGUGCUCCAACCUUCGAUUCUUAAAUUUCAGCAGGAAUAAUCUUGAAAAGAGUAUUCCUGUAGAGAUCGGCAAUCUGCCAUCUCUUGAAGUUCUCGAUCUGGGUCAAAAUUUGCUUAUGGGAGAAAUACCUGAACAACUUGGGCUAUUGCAAAGACUGCAAAUACUCAAUCUCUCACACAAUCAACUCUCGGGUUCUAUUGUGUCGACCUUUGAUGAUAUGGUGAGCUUGACAUCCAUCGACAUAUCUUAUAAUGAGUUAGAGGGUCCUUUACCAAAAAUUCCAGCCUUUCGUAAUGCUACAAUUGAAGUUGUGAGAGGGAACAAAGGAUUAUGUGGAAUUAUUGCGGGUCUCAACCCUUGUAUAGAAAAAAUGUCUGAAGGCAAGAACAAAAACAAAAAGUUGCUGCUUAUUUUGAUUCCUACUUUUGGUUGCCUACUUUCUUUGCUUCUUGUUGUGGGAGCUUCAAGUAUUGUAUGCCGAAGAGUUAACAAAAUAGAGGCCAGUUCGAAUGAUGGAAGUAAUGAAAACCUCUGGGCAGUCUUGAGCUUCGAUGGAAGAAUGGUUUAUGAGAGCAUUAUUGAAGCCACGGAGGAGUUUGAUGCCAAAUAUUGCAUCGGUGUGGGAGGUCAUGGGAGUGUUUACAAGGCCCAGUUGUAUACAGGUGAGAUUGUUGCUGUAAAGAAACUUAAGGAAGCAGUGGACGUUGAAAUGGAUAGUCGAAAAGCAUUUGAAAGGGAGAUUCAUGCUUUGACCGGAAUUCGGCAUCGGAAUAUCAUCAAGCUCUAUGGCUUUUGCUCAAGUUCUCAUCAUUCAUUUUUAUUGUACGAGUUCUUUGAACUUGGCAGCUUGAAGGAUGUACUGAACAAUGAAGAGAGGAUAACAACAUUUGAUUGGAAUAAGAGAGUGAAUGUUAUUAAAGGCGUGGCUUAUGCUUUGUCCUACAUGCACCAUGAAUGCUCUCCUCAUAUAAUCCAUCGAGAUGUAUCGAGCAAGAACAUAUUACUGGAUGAGGAAUACGAAGCUCACGUCUCUGAUUUUGGCACGGCUAAGAUUCUAAAACCUUAUUCAUCCAAUUGGACUUCCUUUGCAGGUACCUUCGGAUAUGCAGCUCCAGAGCUCGCAUACACGAUGGAGGUGAAGGAGAAGUGUGAUGUUUAUAGCUUUGGAGUGGUGACAAUGGAAAUAAUCAUGGGAAGACAUCCGGGCGAUCUGAUAUCGUCUCUCACAUCCACAUCUUCAUCAUCAUCAAGCAAUUCAACAGCUUCACGUUGGCUUCUAAAACAAGUAUUAGAUCAAAGAAUUCCACACCCAGAAGGUGACGUGCUAGGGCGAGUGGCUUUCAUUGUAAAGAUGGCACUUUCGUGCUUAAGUGCAAAACCAGAGCAUCGUCCAAGCAUGCAUCAAGUGUCUCAAGCAAUGUCGGUACGUAGUUCGAUCAUGAUAGGCACAUUGGAGGACAUAAAAUUGGAAGAGCUAGUUGAUCCCGGAUGCUUCCCUUAUUGACAUUUUCUUUUAGUUGCAGCACGUGUAGCAAGUUCUCUAUAUUAUUUCUCUUACAAGGAUGAUAGGUACUACAUCAGUUUAGUUCAUGUGCAAAAAUGCGCUAGAUAUAAUUCCACAUUCAUCCAAUCA